CACAGCCAAUAUGGAACAGAUGUUGUCAUUGUUAAAAAUGGAAGAAGAAUAUGUGGAACAGGAGGUUGUUUAGCCAGUGCACCUUUACAUCAAAACAAAAGCUAUUUUGAAUUCAAAAUCCAAUCCACAGGAAUCUGGGGUAUUGGUGUUGCAACUCAGAAGGUUAACCUGAAUCGGAUUCCUCUUGGCCGAGACAUGCACAGUCUUGUGAUGAGAAACGAUGGAGCCUUGUAUCACAACAAUGAAGAGAAAGCUAGGCUACCAGCAAACAUCCUUCCACAGGAGGGAGAUGUGGUGGGUAUUACAUAUGACCAUGUAGAAUUAAAUGUAUAUUUGAAUGGAAAAAAUAUGCAUUGUCCAGCAUCAGGUAUACGAGGGACAGUGUAUCCAGUUGUUUAUGUUGAUGACAGUGCAAUUUUGGAUUGCCAGUUCAGUGAAUUUUAUCAUACUCCUCCACCUGGUUUUGAAAAAAUACUAUUUGAACAGCAGAUCUUUUGAAUGUGUUUGUUCUUGAACCUUCCCUUUCUGCACUGUUAAAAGCGUUUACCAUUUAAUAAAGCUUUACCUGAUCUAUAGAUAAAAAUUUAUUCUUAAAAAUUUGCUUGUUAAUGUUGUCUGAGGAACCAGUAUAUUCAAUACACACUCAAAAUUUUUGAUUUAAAAUACUUAGGCUUUGUGAUAUGAAAAUCAGCAUUUUGGGUAAUUUAUUUAAUUCUUAUUUAAAUAAAUAGAACUAUAGGUUUGAUUGACAGUAUUACAUAGUAAUAUGUAUAUAAAUAUUUAAAAGGGACUUUCUUAUAUAAAAUAUUUGUAUUGACAGAGAUGAAGAAUUGGUUACUUUUUCCUGUCAUUCUUUAAUUAUGGCUUCAUUAAUUAUUUUAAGUGUGUAGUCCAGUAAUUUUGUGUCUCUGUAUUGACAGAGAUGAAGAAUUGGUUACUUUUUCCUGUCAUUCUUUAAUUAUGGCUUCAUUAAUUAUUUUAAGUGUGUAGUCCAGUAAUUUUGUGUCUCUGUCCUCUUUUAUAUACAAUAGAACAGUUGGCAGAAAUUUGUUAUUGGCAACUUUAUUUUUGGCAGUGUAUUUACCAUGUUAAUGUACCACUUUUCUUAAAACUUAAAUUGCUUAUUUUGUUGUGUUUUAUAUCAGUGCUUUUGAUUUGCUUUGUGAAAGGGGAUAAACAGUAAUGAUUAGAGCAUUUUGUUGAAGACUAUCACACUGUAUAAUUUCAAUACCAGAGUAAGUAGUAGUUGAUUAGUGGUGUGAUUUACACUGGCAGGCAUUUAGAAUAGUAUGAUGCUUUAAAUUUAAAUAAGACUAUUCUUUCAAGAACUUUUAUUUAAAUCUGUGUUUUCUAUAAGGAA